AAAUAGGAACAUAUUGCUGGUCUGACUAGACUCCUUGCUAAUACAGAGGCACUCCAGCUUUAAGUGGCUAAGGUUUAUUAUUCCCCUCUCAGUUUACAAGCGUUUAAAAACAUGUUCCGAAGACAGACAGACGGGCAUCAAUUAUAGUGACCUCAAAGAUCUGUGGCGAGGGCCUCCCAUUUGUUUGUUAAAAGACAUCUCAGGUCUGGAAAUGAUAAAAGGGGUUUGAGUGCCCUCUGGAUUCUCCUUCACUGAUUCCACAUCAAUGAAUGACGAAAGCAUAGGAAAGGGGAAGAGAGAGAGAGAGCAGAGAGACUGUUUAUUACAAGGAGCAGGAGAUGGCUGCAAGCAAGACCUCAGUUUAUCUUCUCUUUGUGGAGUUAUUUUAUUUGACAACAAUUAUCUGUCAAAUACAAGGGCAAAGGCAAACAUGGACUGAAGAAAAGCUGUACCACAAACCCAAGUACCUGUCUAAAGUGAAGCUCCAGGAUAUUACAUCGCAGACAAACAUAACUCGGCUGUGGUAUAAGGAACUAUACCCAAUGCUUAGGGAGAGAUAUUCCGGUUCCCCCGGAAACAUAGCUGUGCGUCAGCACAUUCUGAAGCAUUUGAAUGAGCUGCAGGCAGGUUGGAUAACAGAGCAGGACACGUUUGAGGACGAAACACCUAUUGGAACUGUGACAUUUUCAAAUAUCAUCAGUACCUUGAACCCCUCAGCCAAGCGAAGGCUGGUGUUGGCUUGUCACCAUGACUCAAAGUAUUACAACCAGUGGUGGUACAGCAGAGUAUAUGUGGGUGCCACUGAUUCUGCUGUACCGUGUGCCAUGCUACUGGAACUGGCUCACGCCUUGGACAAUCAGCUGAACGCCAUGAAGAACAUGACAGAAAGGCCAGACCUUACCCUGCAGCUCAUUUUCUUUGACGGGGAAGAAGCUUUUCAUAUUUGGUCUGUGAGAGAUUCUCUUUAUGGCUCUCGCCACUUGGCGGAGAAGAUGAAAAACACAAUUCAUCCACCCGGUGCUGACACCAAUGAGUUGCACGGAAUUGACCUAUUUGUGUUACUGGAUUUGAUUGGUGCACCAAAUCCAACAUUUCCAAGUUACUUUUCAAAUACAGCCCGAUGGCACAGGAGGAUGCAGUUAAUAGAGCGCCGCCUUCAUCGGUUGGGUUUAUUGAACAAUCAUCCCAUCGAGGUGAAAUAUUUCUGGCCCAAUAUGCGAGCAGGAGAGAUUGAAGAUGAUCACAUCCCAUUUUUGAAAAGAGGAGUUCCUAUUCUGCAUCUCAUACCUACACCUUUCCCUCGGGUGUGGCACAGCAUGGAAGAUAAUGAGGAAAAUCUGAAUCCAACAACGAUUGAUAACCUUGAUAAAAUCCUGCAGAUCUUUGUUCUGGAGUAUCUUAGAAUACAAUAAGAUACAAUGCACAGUGCUUGUAAAUACAGUGUCAAAUGUCUCACAAAUUCCACCCCCUACCACCCACAAGAAUACAAAUAACAGGUUUACUCUCUCCUUCGUGGUAAAUGUAUACAUUUGGCAUUAAAUGAAAAUCAAGUGUAUUUGUCAGUCCAAGGCAGAUCCACAUUGUUGCUGAUGGUUAUUGUGGUUUUGUUUGUCCUUGUUAAUUGAAAGUAGAUCACAUCAGAGCGGGGUUACCAUUGGCAUGACCCAUUUCUAGACAUUACACUACUUUGAAGGGUCACACAUUGAAACCCACUGUGUGUUAGAUACUUUACAACAACAUCUAAAAAGCCUUCUAUGUCAUUACCACUGUGUAACUGUCGGAACAAGCACCUCAGUGUAAAGCAGCGAUUUCUCCAGAAUCCAUAGAAACAUAGGGCUUUGAGUUUGAUGAGAACUCAGGGCUUUGCUAAAGUCUCAUUUGUCCACUUUUAUUUAUUAGAGGAUUAAGAUCAUUAAGUGGCUUGAAAUUGGUGUGUUUAUGCUUGACCAAUUCAAUGGAGCUAAUGCCAGCCCCAUCUCUGGAGGACAAUUGCUUUCCCUUUAGAGAAUAUACCAAUAAUGUUUAUGUGUUUCUUUUAUGUCAAAACAGGUGGGUGUCAAAGAUCCCAUGGCACUAUUCAAGAAGA